AUGGAAUGGCAUCACCAUUUGAGGAGUGCAUUAUGGGCGGACCAGAUAACGCCAAAGCAAGUUUUAAAGACCUCCCUUUAUAAACUGGUCUAUGGGAAGGACGCUUUGUUUUCCAUGUCUUUGGAGAUCCCAGCUUUGCAAUUACUUAAGUCUUUUGAAGUAGCAAAAAAUGGCCCCAUGGAUGUGAGGUUAUCCAAAAUCAUUGAGCUGGAGGAAGCAAGAGAAGCGGUAUUUGAAGCUCUCCAGACCCGUCAACUAACCGUUAAAAAUUGGUUUGACAAUAAAAAGGGUUCUAGUCUGCAAUUCGAGCAGGGCGACCUAGUUUUAAAUUUUAAUGGAAGGGCUGCCAAACUCGACCGGCAUGCUAAAUUUGACGGGUUGUGGGAGGGUCCUUUCCGUGUAGUGGGUUGCAAAGGUUACAAUUCUUUCAAACUCAAGGAUAUGCAAGGAGACCUUCUUACGAUCCUAGUCAAUGGGUUCCACCUAGAACCUUUUUAUUAG